AUGUCUUUCAAAGAAAAGCGGAAGCUUGAAGCUACCGGCGCGUCAAGCGACCGAAAAAGAGCCAGAACCUCACGUGAUACGCUUGUGAAACGCGACCUAUUGGAUCGUUGCUACGAUAAAGUCACUACACUAAGGGAAUAUAUCCUCCUUAAGCUGCCGCCGCGCUCUCGUCUUCGGCGAAAGAAGGUAGCGUCUGUUGGUGAGGGAGACGAUGUCGGAGAGCUAGAAAGCAACUUGUCGCGAUUACUCGAUACGUCACUUGUUGGUUUUAACAACGACCAGCAGAAUGUCAAGGAUGAUGACAUACGAAAGAAGCAAUUGAUCGAAUUUACACAGAGGGGGGACGAAUCCUACGUUAGUCUAUCAAAUGGCAUUUCAGGUUCUGUGUUUUCUCAAGAUGAGAUUAUGGACUUCGUCGUAUGGCUACUCUUUCAACGAGAGCCACAUGUCAGGCCUAAACACAUACUAUGCGACGGUUUUCAAAAAUUGGCCGGCCCAAAUGGCCAAGGAACGACCAGUAUCCCGGAUCUAUCAAUCCGUCACCAUAAUUCUCACGUAAAGACACUCAGGGAAAGUCCCUGGCCACAGCUACUGGCUCUCCUUGGCAAAGCUGGCGAGGAGAUCAUGACCAAACUCCUCCUCGAUGCAUCAAUCUAUGUAGCUGUUGAAGCUGGCUUGAAUAAUUAUCACCAACUGUCAGGCGUGCCUCUUGCAGAGCUUGACCUUCCUGGUGGUAAUGUAUCACUAAAUAAGGGAUCGGUGUGUGAGGUGCGUAAACCAACAGACAUAACAUUGGUGAGGAGCAGGAUAUUCUAUGCCAAGCCGUCUCUCAGAACGAAUGGGCUUGUACAAGCCGGUUACAAACACAUUCACGUGUUGAAUCAACAUCGCAGACCCUCCGACUCUGCCAAUUUGGAUGCUGGAAGCCAAGGUGUAACCAAGAUCAUGAUGUACAUGUUUCCUCGUCAAUUCGGACUGCACAACGUCUUUACCUCUCAAGUUGACCGCACCAAGACCUCGCAAAAGUUCCAGGACUAUACGUCAAGAGAAGAGGAAAUUGCUCCCAUCUUCCAGGCCAAACCAGGAGAUGCUGCUCCAAGAAAGCCGAAAAUCCCCAAACGGCUCCGCAGCGACGUAGAGCAACUCGUGAAGCGCCUACAAAUUCUCCAUAGCCGAUGCUCUUAUACCGAGCUGCUUAGCUAUUACUGCUCUUGCGUCUUUGAUAGACCAUCGCAAAUUCGGAAACCGAAGGCCAAGAAGGUCCCCAUGUCAACCCGGAAGCCAAAACCUUCACAGCACCCAUUCUCGCGAUCGAACCAGAAAUGCGUUUCAUCACAGAUGCAUAUAGAAGCGGGAACUUCCGGAACACAAGCGCAAUCGCUUCCUGGGCACGACUCUCUUGUUGAUCUAGCCACACCAUCGUUUCAAGUUUCGUCAUUCUGUCGAGCAGUCUUGUCCAAGAUCAUCCCAGAUAGCUUCUGGGGAGAUAAAGAUGCUGGGAAACAUAACAAAUCAACUGUGAUGCGAAACGUUGACCACUUCAUCAGGCUCAGGCGCUUUGAAACCAUGUCUUUGCAUGAACUAACGCAGGACCUAAAGAUUGCAGAGAUUUCUUGGCUUCAGCUUCACAAUACUGGUGCUCAGAAACCUAGCAGAACGGACACCGAGAAGCGUCUUGAAAUUCUCCACGAGUUUUUGUAUUUUGUUUUUGACUCACUUUUGAUACCCCUGAUACGCAACAACUUUUAUGUCACUGAAUCCAAUACCCAUCGUUAUCGAGUUUUCUACUUCCGCCACGAAGUAUGGAGACGAAUUGCAGAGCCUGCUAUGACAGACCUCAAAGCAGACAUGUUCGAGGAGGUCAAGUUGGAUGAUGCACUCCAAAUACUGGGAAGCCGGGACUUGGGAUCUAGUCAAAUUCGACUAUUGCCCAAGGGUAAUAGAUUGCGCCCCAUCAUGAACCUGCGACGAAGAGCUAUGGCUCGUGGACAAACUAGGAAACUUGGUCUCAGCAUCAACACCGUUCUGGGACCUAUCCACUCGCUCUUGAAAUUGGAAAGAAGAAUCAAUCCUUCAAAGCUGGGCUCUACCAUGUUUUCUGUUAGCGAUAUUUACACUCGACUCAAGGCCUUCAAAGGAACGCUGGGUCCUGAUCAUGGCAAGCUGUACUUUGCCAAGGCUGAUGUCAAGGCUGCUUUUGAUACUAUCCCGCAGGAAGCAGUCGUUGAGCUUAUGAAAUCCGUGCCUAGCCAGACCAAUUACACCAUCAUGAAGCACGUGGAAGUCAAGCCAGGCGAAAGAGCAGUGAUAGACGACGACAAGUAUUCAUCCAAAGCCAUCAGUCGAUGGCACGCCACCGCUUUGAGUGAGAACGAGAACUCAGCUUUUGUAGAGCGUCUCGAAAAGGACUUGGCACCAAAAAAGAAGAACACUGUUUUCGUAGACAGUGCUUUUCGCAGGACGAAGAAUGUUGGAGAACUCAUGCAUCUCUUGAAGCAGCACGUCGAACAUAAUCUUGUCCUGGUGGGAAAAAAGUACUACAGGCAGAAAGUUGGCAUUCCUCAAGGCUCCGUCUUGUCCUCGUUCCUGUGCAACUACUUUUACGCCGACCUCGAAGCAAAGCAUCUGGGGUUCUUGGAUUCACCAGACUGUCUCCUGUUGCGCCUCAUUGACGAUUUUCUCCUAGUUACUUUAGACCAGAACAAGGCAGCCAAAUUUGUGAACGCUAUGCAUGGUGGGUUUCCUGAGUACGGUGUUGCGGUCAACCCGGCCAAGACCAUGGUCAACUUCGACAUGCUAUAUGAUGGCGAACCUGUUCGAAAGUAUAACCAUGAAAGGGGGUUUCCUUACUGCGGGACGGCAAUUAAUUGCCAGACAUUGGAUAUCACCAAGGACAGAGAAAGAGACGCCAACAUUGAUGUAUCUGCUUCCCUUACGGUUGACUUUGGCCGUACCCCGGGUCAGAACUUCCAACGAAAAGUUCUCAACGCCUUUAAAAUUCAAUCACAUUUAAUGUUCUACGACACGUCUCACAAUUCAACUCGGACCGUUCUGUCAUCACUUCAGGGUGCGUUUGUCGAGACUGCCAGCAAAAUGUUGGCGUAUCUUCGCUGCCUCGGGAAGAACCAGCAUCCCAGCAGUGAAAUGAUACUUCGAACUAUUGCCAAAGUGAUAGACGUGGCCUAUGUAUUGCUGACGAGUAAAUCUCGAAUAAUGAAAUAUCCCCAGUACACUUGUGAUAUACGAAAGUCACAAGUUGCUCUUACUGCCUGUCUGGCUUUUGAGAAGGUGCUCGCAGCAAAGCAAAGUAAUUAUCAGCCAGUGGUCAAGUGGCUUCGUAGAGAAGCAGACAAACUUGCUUCUGUGAGAAAGCACAAGUCCAUACAUACGCCUAGAAGUGGAAAAACAUCGGGCUAG